CGGAUCGAUCGGGAUGAGUGGAAAUAGCUUUUUUGCACGCGUGUUUCAAACGUUCGAAAUGUUUUGAAUUUUGAUUGAAUCUCGAUUGAAUCGGCCAAAAUGCGAUUUUCCUACAAAUUCAACAAUGUUCUUGGUUCAGUCUAUGAUCAUGGUAAUUUGCAAUUCUUUCCCGAUAGCAAUUGUUUGCUAAGUCCAUGUGGUAACAAACUUAUUGUUUACGAUCUGAAAAAUGGUAAAUGUCAAGCGUUACCGUUCGAAAUUCAAUUCAACAUUUGUCGGAUAGCUCUCAGUCCGGAUGCUGCAAUUUUGUUGAUAGUAACCGAAAAAAAUCAGGUAAUGAUCGCAUCAUUACUUGGCAAUGUUAUACUUCAUCGUAAAGAUUUCAAACAUAUUGGUGAUCAAAUCAACGAUGUUCAAUUUUCGCCCGAUGGUAAAUAUUUUGCUAUUUGUGGUUCGAGCAAAGUACUUGUAUAUCUUACACCCGGAUAUAUUGGCCAAGGCAAAGGGCGACAGUUGUCCGGAUUUAAAAUCCACAAAAUGAUUCAACCAAGUCACGAAGAAUCGGUAUCGAUUGCAUGGAACCGAACAUCACAACUGUUGUUGAUCACAAGCAAAGAUUAUUCAAUGCGAAUCUAUCCUAUCGAUCGAAAGAUUGAUCGAUUCGGUGAUUUCAUCACACUUACUGCUCAUAACGAUCUGAUAAUUGGUGCGUUUUUCGCGCAAAGCAAACCUAAUCCGUUGAACAUAUACAGUAUUAGUCGCAAUGGUCAACUAUUCGCAUGGAAUUGUAAUUGGAAUGAAAUCGACAACGAUGCCGUGGAAAAAUUGAAUUAUAAAAUUUCCGAAAAGAAGUAUCUGUUUGAAGAUUUAAAAGAGAAAAAUUCCGGCACACGAAUCACAGCUUAUGGCUAUGAACCGAAAGCACGACUUAUGCUUGUCGGCUAUAAUGAUGGCAGAUUUAUGUUGUACGAUCUGGCCGAUAUGAUUCUGAUACAUUCACUGCAAUUGUCGAACAAAACACCCAUAUCGACAGUAUCUUUCAAUAGUAAUGGAGCGUGGAUUGCUUUGGGCAGUUGUCCUGGUUCGGGCAAUAAAUAUGAUUUUGAUAACGAAGUUUCCACUCAAACUCAAUUGAUCGUAUGGGAAUGGCAAUCCGAAUCGUUUAUUUUGAAACAAAGUGGCUACUCGAAUAGUGUUACCAAUUCAUAUGAAUGUUUAGCAUAUUCACCGGAUGCUUCAUUAUUGAUCACUGGUGGUACUGAUGGUCGUCUAAAAGUAUGGAAUCUUUUUACCGGAUUUUGUGUGUCCAUGUUCAGCACUGAACAUAAAGGUCCAAUAACCGCUGUAGAAUUUGUACCGGGAAAAGAUGGAAAAGUUUUCGUAACAUGUUCAUUGGAUGGAACAGUGAAAGCAUUCGAUUUGAAUCGUUAUCGUUGUUUUCGAACAUUGGCUGCACCAAGUGAUUCGAAACCGGCACAAUUUAUAUCGCUAGCCGUUGACAAAAUUGGUGGUGAUUUUAUUGCUGCUGGUUCGCAUAAUUUUUUCGAAAUAUUUCUCUGGUCACUCAAAACAGGCAGAUUGUUGGAAAUGUUAACAGGUCACGAGGCACCUGUUUCAUCGUUGAAAUUUUCACCCAAUUCGAAUACGUUGUACUCAUGUUCAUGGGAUUGUACGGUACGAAUUUGGAACCUAUUCGAAGGUGCGAAACAUACGCGAGAAGUCAUCAAAUUGGGUAGUGAUGCUCUGUGCUUGGAUAUUCGUGAAGAUGGUCAUGAAUUUGCAGUGGCCACAUUGAACGGAACUAUAUCGUUUUUUGGUGCCGAAUCUGGUGAUCAAUUGGGAAUCGGUAUCGAAGGAAAAAACGAUCUUGGUCGAUCUCGAUACCAGGGUGAAGAAGUGGACGACAAGUAUAAAUAUUUUUCCACAUUUUCCUAUUCGGUUGAUGGUGAAUAUUUGAUUGCUGCUGGUCGUUCGAAAUAUGUUUGCAUCUAUAAUGUAAAACAAAAAUUGCUAGUAAAACGAUUCGAAAUCUCGAAUAAUUUAUCAUUGGAUGGAUUCGCAGAAUUCAUUAGCAAACGAAAAAUGCAAGAAUUUGGAUUCGAUAUGGAUCGUAUCAAAUAUCGUGAUGAUGAAUCGAGCUUUGCACCGAUCGCCUUACCCGGUGUAAUCAAAAGUGAUUAUGCUGAUCGACAAUUGAUGCCAAUCAUUGCCGUCAUGCAGAUUCGUUUCUCACCAACGAUGCGUUCGUUUGCUUUGGCAUCCACUGAAGGUGUUCUUUAUUAUUCCAUCGACAAUACCACCACAUUCAAUCCAUAUGAAUUGGAUACAACAGUAACGUUGGGUUCGUAUCGUGAAAAUCUUCAAAACAAACAUUAUGCCCAAGCACUGAUGCAGGCACUUAAAUUCAACGAUUGGAAUCUAAUACAAGAGUCGCUGGAAAACAUUCCUCCCGAUCAGAUUGGUUUGAUUACAUCGACAUUAUCGCUGACGAUGGUCGACCGAUUGCUUAGCCAUCUGGACAAAGGAUUCGAUAGGACGGGCCAUUUUGAAUUCUAUCUUAGAUGGGUCGAAUCCAUAUUAAUACAGCAUGCAUCUGCCAUGAAAAGUUAUCUUUCCACUGAACAAACGACCGCACUUAGGCGAUUGCAUCAGACAUUGAAAAACAAACAUCACGAUCUAGCCAAAAUUGUAAAAUUGCCGGGUCCAGCGCAAGAUAAACCGAAUGUUUAUGAUUUCGGUACCGCAUACGAAUAUAUGUACAACGAUCUGUUGAACAAGGAUAAAAAUCUUUACACCCAAAAUGGCAUACUUCACAUGCUUGACCGAAAUCGACGCAUCAAACUGCACCCGGAAAAAUUUCAAACUUGUCGUGAUAAAUUCGAUGUCAUUUUUACCUGCGAAGAACGUGUCUACGAUCAAGUAGUGGAAGAAUUGAAUUUACGGUCGCCGCUCGAUUACAGUACGGUUCACAUAAUAAAUAUUGAUGUGCAAGAUAAUCACGAGGAGGCAACUAUUGGUGCUCUGUUGAUGCUCAAAAUGGCUCAAUCAUUGGCCCAAUCCAAAGAUCUCGACAAUGAUAUUGACGAAUUGUUGCAGGAAUUCGAAACAACCAUCAAUCGCCCUUUGCUUCAUACGAUAGCAUUCCAAUAAAUUCACUCAAACAAUUCAUUCAA